AUGGCGGACGACGACCCCUUGGUCGCAUACCAUAGGCUUCCUUCAUUCAUCAAAGUCUUUUCCGGAGGUCGCAACAAAGACGAGCUGCGAUUUCCUCCGCAAUGGGUUGCGGAACACGGGGAUGACCUACCGUUUGAUUGUCGUCUCGUCAUGCCAAACGGAUCGCGAUGGCAAGUCCGCUUACUAAAAAUAGCCAGUGGAUGCCACUUUUGCGUUGGAUGGCCUGAAUUCUGGCGUGGGAAUAAUAUUUCCCAUGGGGAGAUACUUACCUUCACCCUCGUCGACGUGGGGAUUUUCCACGUAAAAAGUUACAAGUCGGGGACCGGUUGCCCACCACGGGGUGAUCUCGACUGUCAGUAUCUGGUCAACCUUUCCGAGUUGGCCGAAGAGGAUGACGAUGAAGAGAUCUACAACCCCGACUUUGAUUCUUCGGAUGAUUAUGCCCCAUCCGACGUGGAACCGGAGUCGGCGGAGGACAGUGAGUACGACGACGAUCGGGGUGCGCUUGAUGACGAUGAGUAUCCCACAUGGACGUUGAAGCUGACCAAAUCAAACAUCAAGUGCACAAUAGAAAUACCGACUGACUUUUGGAAUCUCCACGCUAGUGCCGCGCCUCAGCAGAAUGUGGUGCAUUUUCUGGUUGAUGGACAUACAUGGCGGCUGUUUCUCAAGCAUAGCCAGGGCAGGAUAUGGAUCAAACAUGGAUGGCGUCGAUUCAAAGAAGCUAACGCUUUGUUCCCGGGUGUUCGUUGCCAUUUUAAGCUCGUCGAUGCUCAAGACAUCCAGUUCUAUGUGUGGGGAAGAAUGCCAAUAAAUGUGUUAGCCGAUGCAAAGCCAAGAGCAACUUCAAUUCAGAUAGCUAUGGCGGACGAGGACCCGGACUACCAAACACUCCCUGCAUUCAUGAAGCGACUACCUCCCGAAUUCGUCGGGAUUCACGGGCAUGACCUACCGUUCGACUGUAGGCUCGUUUGGCCGAAUGGAAUACGAUAUAGGGUGCGAAUUCUGAAGCUUGACAACGGGUUCUACUUCACCUCUGAAUGGAGAGAUUUUGUUCGUGCUACUGGAGUCGUACACGGCGAUCAUCUCAUCUUCACUUUGGUGGGUGUUGGUAUUUUCAAUGUUAGGCGGUUUGAUAUGGCAACGAAUUGUGCACCGCAGGGAGACGUGGAUGUUGUUGAAAACGACGAUGUGGAAGGUAGCUACUCUGCGGACAUCGAUACUUCCGACGAUUACGUGCCAUCGGAUAUUGAAUCUGAAACAACUGUGGAUGACGACUACGUGGAUGACAGUAGGGUACUAAACAUCGACGGCUUCCCUACAUUCGUGAUUUCGCUCACCCCGACAAACAUCAAUCGCAGCCUUGAGAUCCCAUAUGGCUUUUGGCAAUGUCAUAUCCCGAUGGGGGCAAUUCAAGCGGGCGUGCGUCUGGUGACCGAUGAGGGGCUGUGGCUAUGUACUCUCAAACACAACUCGAGGAAGAUAUGGGUGAAGCAUGGCUGGGCUCGAUUCAAACAAGAGAACAAUCUGGUGGAAGGGGUGCGUUGCCAUUUCAUGCUCGUUGAUGCCUUUAAUGUCCAAUUCCAUGUGUGGUUUGAUCGUCCAUAA